AUUUAGAAGAUGGAUGCCGAAGAAUUUAGAAAACGCGGACGGGAAAUGAUUGACUAUGUAGCUGACUAUCUGUCUAAUAUUGAAAGUCGACGACCAAUGCCGGAUGUUGAACCUGGUUACAUGAAGACGCUGAUCCGCGAGGAUGCUCCUGUGGAACCCGACCAAUGGGAAGACGUUAUGAAGGACAUAGAACCAAUCAUUAUGAAAGGAGUUACACAUUGGCACAAUCCAAAUUUCCACGCCUAUUUUCCUACGGCUAACUCUUAUCCUGCUAUAUUGGGAGAUAUUCUCAGUGAUGGUAUUGCCUGUAUUGGAUUUUCAUGGGCAGCCAGCCCAGCUUGUACCGAGCUAGAAGUACACAUGAUGAAUUGGCUAGGAAAGAUGCUGAAUUUACCCAAAGAGUUUCUGUUCAGCCCAGGCGGUCAUGGUGGCGGUGUUAUACAGUCGACGGCGAGUGAAGUAACGUUAACCUGUUUGUUGUCAGCUAGAACCAAAAUUAUUAACCAGUUCAAGAAAAAUAACCCGAGCAUUGAGGAAGGGGAAGUCAUCUCAAAAUUAAUUUGCUACACUUCAUCUGAGGCCCAUUGUUCAGUGGAAAAGGCCGGUUUAAUAGGUGCUGUUAAAAUGAGGAUUUUGGAACCAGACGAGAAAGGCAGUCUAAGGGGAGUAACUCUAGAGAAAGCCAUUAAAGAAGACAAAGCCAAAGGCCUUGUUCCUUUCUUCAUCUGUGCUACUUUAGGUACAACAGGCUGCUGUGCAUUCGAUAAUAUCAAAGAACUUGGUCCUAUCUGUGAAAAAGAAGAUAUCUGGAUGCAUAUUGAUGCUGCUUAUGCUGGAAGUUCUUUUAUCUGUCCAGAAUACAGACCACUGUUAGAUGGCGUCGAGCAUGCCAUGUCAUUUAACUUCAAUCCACAUAAAUGGUUACAAGUUACAUUUGAUUGUUCAACUUUAUAUUUCAGGGUAAAGGAUAGUCGAUUAUUAGCCGGGGCAUUCGUAGUGGAUCCAUUGUAUCUCAAACAUGACACAGAAGGGGAGAUGCCUGACUACAGGCAUUGGCAUAUACCAUUAGGACGUCGAUUUAGAUCAUUAAAGUUAUGGUUUGUAUUGAGGUUAUUCGGUCAGAAGAAAUUACAAGCACAAAUUAUACAGGAUAUCAAACUAGCUAAAGAAUUUGAAAAAUUAGUUUUAGAAGAUAAAAGAUUCGAAAUCUCAUUUGAUGUUAUAAUGGCGCUAGUUUGUUUUAGGUUAAAGGGCACAAACGAAAUCAAUGAAAAACUAUUAAAAUUAAUCAGCGAGGAUGGAAGAAUCCAUAUUGUGCCAUCGAACUUCAAGGAAAAGUAUUACUUACGUUUUGCCGUUUGUGCUACGUCCACUACGUCAGAGCACGUUCAGUUUGCCUGGAAAGUGAUCACAGAAAUGACUGAUAAACUCAAAGUAUAACAAAAAAAAUUCUUAAAAAAAAUUCUUUCUUAGUGGAAAUUGUAGAAUUGUUGUGAGAUAAUGGAUACAUUCGGCAUAAUAUUUGCUUUACAAACUGAUCAAGGACGUAUCACUAUCAUUUUAUAAAUUGAAAAUCUGUAAUAUAGUUCGUCAACAUUUAAAUGAAAAUGAAUCUGCGGAAUUGGAGACAAUUCAACAAUCUCCCAUUCAGACAUUAACAUUGACUUCAUAAUAUCAAUAAUUCAUUGGGGGUCACGGAUAUUUAGCUAGACGUAAAACACGUCACUUCCGUCGAUAUUUGCUUAAGCAUAGGCGAAAGACGUGUAUGAUUUUCCUUCUGAAUAUGGAUAUGGUUGUUCGCUAAUAAUUUGGAAAAUCCCUUAUAAUGACUAGGCAAAUGCUUGGAAUAAAUGAUAAUACCCUUUG